AUGAGCAUACAAACAGACACCGGUUUGAAUAGGGACGAAGACUUGGAAGGACGAGAGAUCGCAACCUCGGCUGGAAGAGUACAUCUGCACAUUAUGCAUCUCGCCGUGUUCGCCGAGUCGUUCAACCCGACAUCCGACGAGAUCAACGUCGCCAUAGUGGCUUACAAUAGAGGACGACCUCGGAGACGACCGAGAGAAGCUGGCGGAUGGUCGGAAGUUGAGCCAGAAGCCAAGCGAAGAGUGUCAUACAACGACACACGGAAGUGCCGAUCGUCGACCAGAGCAGGCUCUGAUCGGACUGAGUCAGAGCAGCGAGUGUGGAUGGGCGACGUAUUCAAGGUUGAAAGACAUGGUCUGUUCGAUCAAGAUCUUCAACAAGCUUUUGUGUCGAACGGCAAAGACAAUGCGAGCGCCUGGAGAGUCAGAAACGCAGCCUGUGCAUCAAUCUUGUUGUCAUUCCAAGACCGGAUGGCGGUGCGGCUCAGAGACGACAUCUCUCAAUAUACGGCAUGCCAUCCCUCAGUAUCACCUUACCGUCCCGACCCGUUUCCGAUCUGCCUCAGACAGGUUCGCGAUGCCGCUCGCGAGCACUUGUUGCACAGCAGCGAAAACCGGCGAGUGACGCUGGCCUCGUCGUCGGCCAUGUUGCACUGCGACCGACUUGACUUGCUUUGGUCCACACCCUUCUGCCACGAGCAUGUCCAAUUCGAACAGCAAUCACUACGAGGAACCGACUGA